AAUAUACAGCUUUACAAAACAUAUAUAGCUAAUGAAUGGAAAAUGAGAAAAGCAGGAAAAUGAGUCAAUCAUCUCCGAUGAAUGGUCGGGAUGGCACCUAUAGCUACACCAAGAAUUCCAUCUUGCAGAGAGAUGGGGUGAGUGCUGUGAAGGACGCAAUAAAUGAGACGUUGAUGAAGAAUCUUGAUGUCGAAAAGUUGGUGUGUGGUUCGACCAGUACCAGAUUCGCCGUCGCCGACUUAGGAUGCUCGGUGGGGCCCAACACAUUCUACGCCAUGGAAUCCUUAAUCGAAACACUGAAACAGAAAUGCCAUCAACAAGGCUUGGAUUCCGACAAGCUCGAAUUCCAAGUGUUUUUCAGUGACCAGAUCGGCAACGACUUCAACACCCUCUUCGCCUCUCUUCCUCAUGGCCAGGGAAGGAAUUACUUCGCCGCUGCCGUGCCGGGUUCUUUCCACGGCCGGCUGUUCCCUUCUUCCUCCGUCCACGUGGCGUAUUGCUUGUUCGCCAUCCACUGGCUGUCGAAGCUGCCGGAGGAGCUGCUGCUCAAGGACUCGCCGGCGUGGAACGUUGGUAGGAUUCACUAUGCGGGCGCCUCUGACGCGGUGGUGAAAGCCUAUGCGGAUCAGUUCGAGCGAGACAUGGAGAAUUUCUUGAGAGCAAGAGCUGAAGAGAUUGUGGCGGGCGGCAUGAUCAUAAUCGUGGUGCCCGGCGUCCCCGACGGAGUUGUAGACUACGACAGCCUAUACUUUGGAUUUUUGGAGUCUCUCCUUGCGGACAUGGUCACAGAGGAACUUAUAGAGCAAGAACAAGUGGACUUGUUCAACAUUCCUAAUGUAUAUCCUUGUGCGAAAGAUCUGAGGAGGGUGGUUGAGAGAAAUGGGUGUUUUGAAAUUGUGAAAAUGGAAUUUGGGAACGUUGUGGUUGGUGGCACCAUGGAGCCUGAGAGUUUCAUACUCCAGACGAGAGCAAUAUUUGAAAGAAGCAUGGCCAAUCAUUUUGGAAAUGCGGUGGUUCACCAACUUUUCGAGAGAGCCAUGCAACUUAAACUCGAUUUUGCUCGGCUUUUGGGCUCCGCUGGCAUCCAUGAGAUUAUGGGUCAGGUCUUGGCUGCGCUCAAGCGCAAAUGAUAUACUGCUCUGCCGAGCAACGUCAUAUCUCUACUUUUCUUGUCUUAUUACUUGUUGGUAUUAGGUUGUUCUGUUUCUUGAUUGUUCAAUUUGGUGCUAGUUCUUGUUCAAGUGUUUUCUCUUAAGGCUGCGUUUGCUUUGAUGGAUAAGUUUAUUCAUAGAAAAUGAAGGAUAACAAAAAUUUAUGCCUUG